AUGAAACUUGGAUAUGAAAUGGAAGCUCCUUCUAAUGUUGAAUACUGUUAUAGCUCUGUGUUAUUGCGCGGCGAAGCUCCAGCUUUCAUUAUAGAUACUAUCGAGGAGACCAAUUUUCCCUUAAAGUCUAAGGGAUGUGAAACUGCUGUCAGCAUUGGUUGCAAUAAGACAUAUGUCAUUGGUGAAACCGACGACAGAUCUGUGUCUGCAUUUGGAGUCAGAGUUCUCGAUAAAUCUACUGGUGAAUGGAUUGUCCCGGUUGUGUUGGGGACUAAACCGAAGCUGUCGAAGGGCCAUUCAGCAAUUAAUAUAGAUGAAGAUCGAAUUCUGGUCAUUAAAAGCAACACGACCUUGGACGAUACAUUUUGGUUUCUUGAGGUGAACACUCCAUUUGUGAGGGAGCGUAAAAUCAGGUUAGGAACCGAAGUAGUUUCUUGGAGCAAAGGGGUAAUAGGCAAAGGCCCAAUGCCCAUAGUCAUCAGCGGGCCUUCUGGUGUAGGCAAGGGCACUCUGAUUUCGAAACUGAUGCAAGAAUUCCCAUCCAUGUUUGGAUUCUCUGUAAGCCACACGACCCGGGUACCAAGGAAAAACGAGCAAAAUGGGGUCCACUACCAUUUCACAGAACGCAAUGUGAUGGAGAAAGAUAUCGAGGAUGGCAAAUUCCUUGAAUUUGCAGUUGUUCAUGGAAAUCUGUAUGGGACGAGUGUGGAAGCCGUUGACGCAGUUGCUGACAAAGGAAAGAGAUGCAUACUUGAUAUUGAUGUUCAAGGGGCAAGGUCUGUGAGGUCUACCUCACUCGAAGCCAUUUUUAUCUUUAUUUGUCCUCCUUCAUUCGAUGAGCUUGAGAAACGCCUUCGUGCGAGGGCAACCGAGACAGAAGAACAAAUCCAGAAAAGGCUCCGGAAUGCAAAGGCGGAGCUUGAACAGGGAAAAUCGUCGGGCCUGUUUGAUCAUAUUUUGGUAAAUGAUGAUCUAGGGGCAUGCUACAAGAAACUCAAGGAUCUUUUGGGCCUCACUCAUGGCGUGAACCAUCCAGAGGAAUCAGUGUUGGAGUCAUUUCACGUGCCUUUGGAACACAGAGUCGUGAAAAUUGAUCGAAAAAUCUUUAUAAAUUGUGGGAUUUCAGAGGGAGAAAAACCAGCUGUAAACAUGUUUGUGCUUGAUUUAGCUUCAAUGAAAGGUGGGACCCCCGGACGAACGAGAGGUCUGCAUUUGUACCAAAGUGACGAGCUAACACCUAAAACUUUUUUCCACUAA